AUGCAUUACCUCGUAUACUACAACUCCAAUCAAUCAAAGUUAGAUGACACUUGGGUUUAUUACCAAAUCCUGACAUAUUUUGAAUUUGCUUGUAUUUGCUUCAGUUAUCCUCCAAUUAUAUUCCUUGGCUAUCAACUUUUCCAACACAGAAUAUUCCAUCAGAAUCUUCAAAAUUGUGUGAGAGCUGCGGUUGUAGAGUACCUGAUUCAGUUGACAUCUCGAAGUAUUCAAAUCUUUUUGAUUUUCAAUUCAGAAGAAAAUGGAUUGGCAUUUUACUACGCAUCAUUGGCUCGGUGUACAUGCUAUUUUUUCGUUUCCUUCUCUCUUCCUGGAUUUGUAAUUGAACGAUGCUGUGCUUCAUACUUUCUUUCGGAUUAUGAGAAACGAAGUCGUCAUUAUAUCAGUAUACUUUUACUAACAACUUCUGCUGGAAGUAGUGCUCUACUUUCCUAUCUCUAUCAUCAGUCCGAAUCUACAUUAGUCUAUCAUAUAAUCGUUCUUGUCAUCAAUGGAAUAUCUUCUGUUGUCCUGGCAGUUAUCGAAAAGUACAAUUAUACAAGACUUCAUGAAAGUUCGAAUUUACGGAAAAGCAAGAAAGAAUAUUCGUUAGCAGAGCGAUUUCAGAUUUCAGAAAACAUACGGGUCUGUGAGCUCAUGAAAACUAUUAUAAAUGUGGUUGCACUCUUCAAUUUGUUAUCAACAGCAUCUGCUGCUCUUGACAACUUUAAAUUCUCCCAAUCAUUUUUGAAUGUAGCUGCUACUUUUUUCAACUUUUGCGUCCUCACAUAUGGAUCUCUUGUUUUCUUUCUGUUUUAUUAUUUGGUGCCCCAGUUCAGACUUGCGCUGAAAUCAACUUUUACAAAGAUGAGAAUUUUAAAUCCAGUAUCUCCUUUUCCCGAAGCACUAAACGAAAAACCGUGCCAAAUGGCGGCCAAAGAGACGGAUGAAUAUUUCACACAGCUUCGGAAACAGUGGCUCUAG